AUGGACAGCAGCGAAACGCCUGCGCAAGGUCAUGAAGUGAAACAAGAGCAGUCUCAAAUAGACAACAGGCAAGAGGGAGAUCCCUCAAAGCCGACAGACACACCGUCCAGCGCGACGUCAAAGCCUGAAGCACGCCCCGGCAAACAAUUCACGUCUGCCAACGCGUCGAAUGUCGAUGAAAAGAGGAAAAAGUCUCCUCAACGACGCAGAGGGCCACCUCCUUUACCCCCUGCAAUUCCACCUCCUGCAGGAUAUCGGAGACCAAGUGAUAGAAAGGACUCUCCUCCUCCAUUUCGGAGAGGUCGUUCGCCUGAACCCCCCAGAAGAAGAAGUCCUCUGCCACCCCCUCCACUUCCACCAAAUAUACCACGGCCGUCUGCCUAUGGGCGAUCGCGCUAUGGUAGCCCGCCACCGCGUCGUUCACCUCCUCCAAUGAGGCGAAGAGAUUCCAGAUCAAGAUCUCCUCCACCACGUUACAACCGCUCUCCACCACCUGGGAGGCGAAGGUCGCCGUUGCCUCCUCCACGAAGGCGCUCUCCACCUGGAGGCUAUCGUCGAUCUCGAAGUCCUCUUUACAGAGGCAGACCAUCCCCUUAUUCCCGUGGUCCUUCUCCUUUACGAAGACGAUCACCCCACCGCCCACGAACGCGUUCACCGUCUCCUUCCAUACGCCAUCGACUCCCUUCCCCGAAACGCAGACCCCUUUCCCCGCCGAGAUCAGGACAUGGGAGCAGGAGAGUGUCCCCAACUCGUCGUCCUAGUCCAAGUCCUCCGCACUCUCCUCGGAAACGUACACGUAGUCUUGAAAAGGCAGACGCGCGGGACGACGAUGACAGAUUUGCAAAGAAGAGGCGAACACUGGAUGAACAAAUGUAUGAAGCUUCUGAUACUCGUAUGCAAGGCGUCAAGCAAGAGGAACCCAUAGAAUCUGCCGCUUCCUCAGCCGCCCGCAGACCGACGAUGGAUCCGCCUACUGCUCCUAGACGAGAUAGAGAAACACAAGACCGUCUCAAGGCUACAGUAGAUCACGAAAAGCUUCGCGUCAAGACUGAACAGCAGGACGUGGAGAUGGCGGAUGCUGGAUCCACCGUAGCCACACCAUUAACACCAGCAAAGCGCGGACAGCCAACCAAGCAUGUUUCCACGCCCAGUACCUCUCAGCCAGCACCCACUCAGCCGCCUCCUCCACCCCCCAUCCCGAUUGUUAGCGUUCCAAAGAUGCCCACAUGGAAGAAGGAGAGUGUCACGGCCGAUUUGGAUGCCGAGGUUGAACGCGUCCGUCAACUUCGAUACGCGUCCAUGGCGGAACACAAUGCCAUUGAUGUUGAGCUGCGUCGUGCUUUGUUUGAACUGGACCUGGCACAGCUUGACCUGCGAGGAGUCGAGGCCAAGGCUGCAGUAGCGGAAAAGCAAACAGAACUAGCAGCCAAGGGGAUGCUUGAAGUUUGA